AUGGCAGCAGCUCCAGCAGUUACAGGUCCAAUCAUCCAGCUGAACAAUGGUGUGUCCCUUCCAGCGCUUGGAUUCGGCACCUUUGCCAAUGAGGGUAGCAAAGGAGAGACACAUAAGGCAGUGGUGAGCGCCCUGAAUGCAGGGUAUCGCCAUCUGGACUGCGCAUGGUUCUACCAGAAUGAGGGAGAAGUUGGGUCUGGGAUGCGAGAAUUCCUGUCCAACAACCCCUCGGUGAAGAGAGAGGAUAUUUUCAUCACAACCAAGGUGUGGAACCACUUGCACGAACCAGAAGACGUAGAAUGGAGUUUGAAGGAUUCCCUCAGAAUGCUGCAGACACCCUACGUCGAUGCAUUUCUGGUACACUGGCCAAUCGCGGCUGAGAAGAACCCAGACCACAGUGUCAAAAUCGGACCUGAUGGAAAGAUCUACAAAGUACUUACGUUUCUCGUCCAGUAUGUCAUCAAAAAGGACCUGACCGAGAACCAAGAGCCGACAUGGCGAGCAGUGGAAGCCCUCUACAAUCAAGGGCUGGCAAAGUCCAUCGGGUUAUCCAACUGGACCGAGAAAGGGAUCGCUUCGCUUCUCGCAUAUGCAAAGGUCAAACCAGCCCUCAACCAGAUUGAAAUCCACCCAUUCCUGCCGCAAGACGACCUCAUCAAAUACUGUCUUUCGCAAAACAUCGUGCCAGUGGCAUACUCACCGCUCGGCUCGCAGGACCAGGUUCCUGGAACUGGUGAGAAAGUAGCCACGAAUAAGGAUUUGAUUGCCAUUGCAGAAAAGAAGGGUGUUUCUCUGGCGCAAGUGCUGAUUGCGUGGGGUAUCAAGAGGGGAUACGCUGUUGUGCCCAAGAGCUCGAAUCCAGUGCGGAUUCAGAGCAAUGCUCAAUUAAUCUCGUUGACCGAUGAAGAAUUUGAGGCUGUAAAUAAGGUUGCUAAGGGUCGCAAAUCGAGAUUUGUGAACAUGAAGGAUACUUUUGGCUACGACGUUUGGCCCGAGGAGGCAUAA